AUUCUUUAACUAAAUUCACAGUUCUUAUCUACAAAGUGACAAGGAAAGACAAGUUUUCAAAUAUUUUUAUUGAAGUUGUACAGUUUUUAACGGCUUUAAUAUUUGUGACUACAGUGAGGAUCACUGUUUAACAACAUCGUCAGCUGGUCAUAUUAAACUCCAGGGCUGAGCUUGACCUCUCGUGCGCAGCAUCGAAAUGUUUUGGCAUUUCUAUCAAACGCUAGGGACAGCUAAAGAUUCGUCACAGGACAAUGUUCAUACAACAAAAAUAGAAAUUGUAUCUCAAUCAAUGACUGCUUCAUGUAUUGCCUUUCUUUGUCUCCUGACAAUGCUGGUUAAUAUAUGGGUAUGCUAUAGAAUCUAUAGCAAAAGAAGUCUCAGAUCAUCGUGUACAGCUCUUAUUGUUGCCAAUAUCGCUCUGGUGGAUAUCUUAGUCUCCAUCAAAGAUCUUCCAUUCUUGCUGUCUGUCGCGUUAUCUUCAAAAUGGUACUUCGAAACAGAAUGGUGUCGAUCAUAUGGCCUCACAAAUGUCGUUUACAUAAUUGUGUCUGUUUCCACGCUUGUAUCUAUUGCGACAGAUCGCUACAUUGUGACCAAAGAGAACAGCCAUGUCGAAUCAGGUAAAUUUGGACAGUACUCAUCACAGGGACCAAACAGUUACUCCCCAGCACCAUACAAAGUGGCUUUACUUGGUUAUGUCGUUGCCCAAACCACAUUAUCUUACUCACUUACCCUGUUGUGGAGUAAAUACGCAUUUAUCAGCCGUAAAGCGUUUUGCCAAGUGGAGUUCACUUCAUCUGAUUUUCCCAUAUCCAUGAUCGUGUCUUUUCUUUUCCUUAUUCCAAUCGCCACCCUUACAUUCUCAAUGCUAAACAGCAUCAGUGGAGAAAGGGAGAAAACGGACGAGAUUAAAGCUAAUUCGGAAAUCAGCGAUGAAUCGACGUCGGAAAUUGAAGAUCAAAUAUGCAAGGAUGAAAGUCAAAUUCACGGCCAUCUUCAAGCGGCGAUCGGAAUAUUUCUCUUGUCCUGGUGUUCUUACGUGGUUGACAGCUUUUUCCCAUCGCCCCAAAGUCCAAGUAUCCCCGGUAUAGUUUCAGCCUUUAUUCCCAUCAUGACAACAUCGUUAGUUCCAGUAUUUUUUGUACUUACACAUAAAGCAAGACUUCCAGUUACCCAAGAUCAGUCAAAAGAAUUUGCAUACCGUAUAGCAUAAAUUAGCUGUCGUAGUAUUUCUCAUAUACAUUUAAAUGUUUCAUAUAUUAUUUUCCACUAUGUCUAUGAACGUAUUCUUAUUCAUGGCAUUCUUCGUUUGGAAUUGAUAAACAGCAGAAGCCAGUCUGAAGCCAGAACGAAAUAUCUUUGCUUCUUUGCGGUAAAUAGCUGACAAGAAUAAAUCUUGAAAACCAAAGACUGUCGCUUAUAAAAAAAGUUAAUCUAUAUACUUUAGAUUUAUAAAUAUAUUGUAGAACGGUUUUGAUGAAUAAAA